UCCCGUUGUAUAAAACCUCAAUUUCUCUCCUCCCACUCUCUACGCCUCUCUAUCUCUAGAGUUUUCUUUCCGCCCCUCUCCCGCGGCGACGCCUCCGUAGACAGCUGCCGUACGACUGGAUCCGCCCUGUCGUCAGACUCCGUCGCGGCCUUUCCGAUCAGAUUUCUUCCAUAACCUCCCCAAUUCAUUUUAUUUUUCCCCUCUUCUGAAUCUGUUUUGUAGCUGUUUCUUUUUCUUGGCGAAAAUUUUUUGGUGUUCGGGUGAAUUUACUCUUUUAGCCUUUAUAUUUACCUUAUUUACCGACCCGUCGAGCAAUUUAACGGGUCCAGCUGGUGAUCUGGUUUUACCCGUUUUGGCCACCCGUCCCUUUUAUCGCCUAUAUAUAUAUAUAUAUAUAUAUUCAAAAAUGAAUUGACGAUUUUGUCCUCCAGAAACAAAAAUCCAUUUGACGGUUUUCUUCAUAAAUGAUAGAGAACUUGACGCUUCCGUGCUGACGUGGCAUGCUUUAGGGGAAAAACGGACGGUCACGAUGAGCCAUCACCCCCGCCGAGUCUUCACGCCUGGGGCAUCGCGAAAGCGCAAGGAGACGGACGCUUUUCACCCCGCGCAACCACCAAUGCCACUCUCGCCGGCGGCGAGACCACCGGGUUCCACGGCUGCAGCCGCCACAACGACGUCGUCUGCGAGAGCCGCCGAGGCGAUUUCGUCGAACCGGCUCGUAGCCGGCUACAUGGCUUACGAGUUUCUGACUAAGGGGACUCUUUUCGGGCAGAAGUGGGACCCAGCACGGGCCGAGGCCGUGCCACUAGCGGCCCCCUCGGCCGAGUCGAAGAGAGCGAGGCCGAGUCAGAUUCAGAGUCAGGGACCGAGUCAUAGUCAGAGUCAGAGUCAGGGUCAGAUCGUGGAAGCGCUGGCGAGCCCGAGGGGCGCGGCGGGGACGGCGAAGCGGCACCAGAGCUACGCUGAGGUGGCGAACCUGUUGAAAGCCGACGGGGCCCACAUACCGGGCAUUGUCAACCCUACGCAACUCGCACGGUGGAUUCAGAUGUGACGCGCGGUGCCCACACGUGGCGAUUUCUCAUUGGGCAACAUUUUAGAGAGGUGAAGCCGUCCGCAAGCGAUUCCCACUCCCUCCUCCCCCGCCCCCACCCCCACGCCCACCCCCACCCCCUACGCCUUUCUCUCUCUCCUCGGUGGUGUGACAGGUGAGUCCGUCGAAAACCAACUCAGACCAUGAGAUGCUCUCUCUCUAAAACCAGCCGGCCGGAACGUGAGAAUGAUGUCUGUUUCCGGCCAUUAUCUGUCUCUAUGCUUGUUGUUGAUCCUUUUUUUUUUUUUCUUUUUUGUUUUAUGUAAUAUUUAGGUGAUGAAAAUGGAACGUAAUUUGAGAGAGAACCCAGUUUGAUGGAUCACACAAUGUGUGUUGCAUGUUAAAUAGAUGCUUUUCUUUUUUGUUUAACUUUUCCUGUAACUCAUAUGGCUAGCUGUGUUAUUUAUAUAUUUAUUUUUUAGAAAGAUA